AUGCAAUUCAUCAUCCCCCCUUUGGUGCUGCUGGCAGCUGUUCCUUUGACGGCAGCUCGGUACAGUCCUUUGCUUCUUCGUGCCCGGGCUGAUGGACGCCCCCUCUACUUCAACGGCACGACGCUUACAGUCACACAACCGGCUCCCACAAGCGCUCCUAUCACGAUUACGGUGGUCCGGCCUGUCCCGACUGAAACUGUUACCGCCACCGUUACCGCCACUGUCACCGUCACGCAGACGCCUCCUCCCCAACAGCUAUAUGCAGUGAGCAAGGCGAGCGCAGCGUACCCCCAGCCCGACCCUUGCGAGGAGCCUGCCGACUUCUCUUCUACGCCGGAGCAGCCUCAUCGACUCUAUGUCACCAAAACCAUCCUCCUCGCUCCAAACAAGUUCAAGCAGCCCGGGACCGUCACCGUCCUGCAGAGCGGAAGCGCCAAUGCUGCCAGUGAGGUUACUGCCACCACUGUUACCGUUCGACCUGUGCCAGCCGUGAGCUCGUCGCUCCCUGAGAAAUUUGAGACGAUAGUCAAGACCGCCAUAAACUCUCCUGAACCGGCCAAGGAACCUGCGGCGGUAACCAGCCAACCGGAACAAGAGGUCGAGCCGGUGGCCACCGUCGUCUUUGAUGACCCCUGCCCGUCGGUCACGACUAACACGGCCGCUGCUUUCAACACUGUCCUGGCCACCUUCAGUCGAUAUCCUAUUCAGAACGUGACCGCGAUUCCUAGCCUGAACACGACCGCGGCGACUUUGCCUGGCGGUGUUGCGCAGUCCAGUGGAAACCAGCCGCCCGCCGUCCGCUCGGCUCCGGUUCGCCGGCGCUGGUAG